AUUCUGCAAACCGGUGGACAUAAGGCCAGCCUGCGAAAUUAAAAUCUGCAGGGCGCAUGCGAGAUUUGCUCCUCACUCAGCAGGACCCAUUUCCUCCUCCGCCGGCGUCCCUGUUCCAUGUCUUGGAACUUCUCUUGGGUCUUUUUCAUGCCUCCUUUCUCAAUCUCUCUGUUCUCUCUUUCUCUUUUUUCUCUGGGUAAACUCCAUAAAUUAGAAAGGCCCCGUUUUGUCCCUUUUCUCACCCACUUUCUCCCAGUGAUCCCCCAAAACCAAACAUGCCAGAAAACACAAGAAGCCCUGAGAACUGGAGGAAGAAGUAUUCGCGGGACGAUGUCUUAGUUUUUCCUCUGCGUAGGGUUGUAAUGGCCUAAUGGGCUUGUAUGAAAUCGCGGGGGCUCUACGGCAUUGUGGGCGUACUCAAGCUUUCAGGCAUGGAGAAUCACUUCAUUCUCAUUUGCUCAAACUUGGAUAUUUCUGUGAAUUGUUUGUUGCAAACAAUUUGAUCAGUAUGUAUGCUGAUUUUCCUUCUUUGAAUGAUGCACAGCAAGUGUUUGACGAAAUGAUCGUGAGAAAUGUAGUUACUUGGACCACCAUAGUCUCCGCAUACACAAAUAACGGAAGUCCUCACGAAGCCAUUAGACUAUAUAAACACAUGUUGGAUACUCAAUCGGAGGUACCCAAUGGGUUUAUACACUCUGCUGUUCUGAAAGCAUGCGGUAUGGUGGGUAAUCUUGAAUUGGGUCGAUUGCUACAUGAAAGAAUUACUAGAGCUAAACUGGAACAUGACACUGUUUUGAUGAACACCCUUUUGGACAUGUAUGUUAAAUGCGGGAGUUUGAGGGAUGCGCAAAAAAUUUUUGACGAGAUGAUUCUGGUGAAUUCAACUUCAUGGAACACAAUCAUUUUGGGGUAUGGCAAAGAAGGUCAGAUGGAGGAGGCAGUGAAUUUGUUUUGUCGAAUGCCAGAACCAGAUGUUGUUUCUUGGAACAGCAUCAUCGCUGGUUUUGCUCACAAAGACAGUCCCCGCACAUUGGAGUUUCUAUGUAUGAUGCAUCGAGAAGGCCUAAAGCUUGAUUGUUUCAGUUUACCUUGUGUUCUUAAAACUUGUGGUUUUCUUGGAUUACUAGCUAUGGGAAAACAGAUUCACUGCUAUUUUGUUAAAUCAGGUUUUGAGUCGUGCUGCUUUACUGUGUCUGCUCUUCUGGACAUGUAUUCAAGUUGUAAAGAACUGGAUGAGGCAGUAAAGCUAUUUUCUCAAUGCUCUGGCAGCAAAUAUUCAAUUCAGGAUGACUUGGCACUUUGGAACUCUAUGCUUUCCGUCUACGCCCUUUAUGAUGCCAACAGCAGUGCUCUGAAGAUGGUAUCACAAAUCCAUACCUCAGGUGCACAUGUAGAUCACUACACUUUUAGUACUGCUUUAAGGAUCUGCAUUAAUGUGCAGAACUUGAAACUUGGGCUUCAAGUCCAUGGAUUGGUUGUUACCAGUGGUUAUGAAUUAGAUUACAUUGUUGGAAGCAUUCUAAUUGAUUUCUAUGUAAGACAUGGGAGCCUGAAGGAUGCAUUGAGAUUAUUUCAUAGGCUUCCAGAGAAAGAUGUUGUUGCUUGGUCUGGUUUGUUAGCAGGAUGCGUUAAAAAGGGAUUGAAUUUACUAGCUUUUGAACUCUUCAGAGAUAUGGUUAAUAUAGAUGCUGUGGAUCAGUUUGUUAUCUCGAGUGUUUUGAAAGCUUGUUCAAAUAUUGUGCAACUUGGAGUUGGCAAACAGGUUCAUGUUUUCAGCAUUAAAAGUGGAUAUGAAUCAGAUGAGGUUACAUUAACAUCUCUUAUUGAUAUGUACUCAAAAUGUGGGGCAAUUGAUGAGGCCUUAGCUUUGUUUAAUUGUAUGCCUAUAAGAGAUGUAGUGUGUUGGACAGGGAUCAUCGUCGGCUGUGGACAAAAUGGGAGAGCGCACAAAGCAAUUGAGCUUUUUCAACAGAUGAUAAAUUCUGGGUUGAAACCAAAUGAAAUCACCUUUCUAGGUGUUCUUUCUGCCUGCAGACAUGCAGGUUUGGUUGGAGAAGCAAGGGCUAUUUUUAAAUCUAUGAAAACUGAGUAUGGACUGAAUCCUCAGUUUGAGCAUUAUUAUUGCAUGGUUGAUCUUCUUGGUCGCGCUGGGUGUUUUAAAGAGGCAGAGAGAUUGAUUGCUGACAUGCCAUUUGAGCCUGAUCAAGCCAUGUGGAGCUCCUUGCUUGUAGCCUGUGGAGCUCGGAAGAAUGCAGAACUAAUAAGUGUAAUUGCUGCGCACCUUCGUGCAGUCCCACCCAAGGACCCUUCUGUAUAUGCGACGCUUUCAAAUGUUUAUGCUACGUUGGGAAUGUGGGAUGAUUCAGCUCAGGUGAGACAAGCUAUGAAGGAAAUGGGCAUUAAAGAGGCUGGAAAAAGUUGGAUUCAGAUUACAAGUUGAAAGGAAUCCCGCUUCACUUGAUUACUUGGUACAUCUGGAUUUUCUCUAACAUUGCGAGGAAUCCCCACCAGUUUAGUGGUAUGGCAAGAGGCAGGUCGUUCAUUCACUGGCUGUCAUAGAGGUGGUGCUGGACGGGCAGAGCAAGGCCAAGUUCUCCAUCAAGGGGAAGCAUAUGCGGGCUUGUAGGUACAUGUGCAAACACUCCAAGUUCCCCAAUGCCCCAUUUCGAGUCACUGUGGUGUCAGCAUAUGCUACUACUAUGGCAGAGGAAAUAGAAACAAAGAGUAGUUAAUUAGACUGCGUUGACAUUGUAUAUUGGUUGAAAAUUUUUGGCAGGUAUAAAAUAUGGUUUAUAUAUAUAGUUUAGUAGUUUUGGAAGAUAGUUAAACUACAAGUAUAACUUGUGGGAGGAAUUGAUAUUAUAAGUUAAUUAAUAAGAGUAUACUCAAUGCAAUUAUAAAUA